AUGUCAUCUUUAUCAAUUAGAUCGGAAUCGGACAAAUAUUCACGGGUACAGUUAUUUUUGCCAUUUCGUAUUUGCAGGACAAGGUGUGGGAACCACGGCAUUGUCCCCUCGCUGUCGAAGAUCAACGGAAAGAGCUCAUCGUCGAGGUCGGUUUACGUCUGGGUGGGGAACUCGGAGACUCAGUGCCCUGGCUUGUGCGAGUGGCCGUUCCACCAGGCUGUCAAUGGGCCUCCGAGCCCGGUCCUGGUUGCGCCCAACGGGGAUGCUGCUAUGGACGGAGUGGUGAUCAACUUGGCGAGCCUGUUGGCCGGGGCCGUGACGAAUCCAUUUGGGGAUGGGUAUUUCCAGGGCCCAAAAGAGGCCCCAUUGGAAGCUGGGUCGGCCUGUCCGGGCGUGUUCGGGAAAGGGUCGCACCCUGGAUUUGCAGGGGAUCUGCUCAAGGACGAUAAGAGUGGUGCAAGCUACAACGCGAAUGGGAUUAAAGGGAGGAAGUUCUUGGUGCCUGGUCUGUUUGACCCUGCUACUUCCACAUGCUCCACUGUGGGUUGA